UCCCUGUGUCUGUCUAUCGCAGUGUGAGGAUGCCGGAGCAGGUGAUACCCAGUUUGGAGAUGUUGUAGACCAGGCUCUGCCCCCUGUGAGUGCCCGGGUCCCCUCUGAUGGGACGGGCAGCCCAGGGAGCCCCCGCCCUCCUCCUCCUCCUGACACCCGCGGCCACGUCUGAAUGGGGCUCAUUGUCCGGACUGAGGGAGCAGAGAGAAGAGGGUCGGUCCCAGGGAGAGCAGGAGGGACUUGGAGUGACGGCCGUCAUGGUCAGGAUUCGAAUUAAUGUUCCUGUAGUGGUAAUUUUCCUGGUGUUUCAAACCGUAUUCCUGCUCCUACUGUACCCCAGACACAAUGUCUUUCUACAAAACACAGGUGAGAAUCCUGAAAAGGUCCACAUCCUCAUUCUGUCCUCCUGGAGGUCUGGAUCUUCAUUUGUUGGUCAGCUUUUCAGCCAGCAUCCCAACGUCUUCUACUUGAUGGAGCCAGCUUGGCACGUAUGGGUGUCCAUGUUUCAAAAUAGCGCCCAUGUUCUCCACAUGGCCGUCAGGGACUUGGUCCGAUCAGUCUUCUUGUGCGACAUGUCUGUGUUUGAUGCCUACAUGCCAAAGGAGAGAAACGUCUCGUACCUAUUUCAGUGGGCAGUAAGCAGAGCUUUGUGUUCUUCUCCCGCAUGUGACGUGUACAUACAUGAUGGAAUCACAAGUGAAAUGUCCUGCAAAUCACAAUGCGGACACUAUCCUUUCAGUAAAGUUGAGCAAGCCUGCAACAUGUACAGCCAUAUUGUGAUUAAAGAGGUCCGUGUCUUUGAUCUGAAAGUGCUGUAUCCCCUUCUGAUGGACCCUUCUUUAAAUUUAAAAAUCAUCCAUUUAGUUAGAGACCCCCGAGCGGUGGUCAGAUCUCGUGAGCAAUCGGCGAAGGCUUUAGCCAGAGAUAAUGGCAUUGUCCUCAACACCAGCGGCACAAAAACGGAUGACACCAAAUAUGAAGUAAUGCAGGAAAUCUGCCGUAGUCAUGUCCAGAUGUAUGAAACAGCCAAGUUCAAGGCCCCUAAAUUCCUUAAAGAUCGGUACAGGUUAGUGCGCUACGAGGAUGUGGUUCGUGACCCCUUGAGGGAAAUCACAGAGAUGUAUAAAUUUGCAAAUCUGAAAUGGAUCAGCAAGCUUGAGAGCUGGAUCUAUAAUAUCACUCACGGACAAGGUCCAGCAAAGAAAAAUCAAGCCUUUAAAAUUACAUCCCGGGAUGCUAUGAAUGUAUCUCAAGCAUGGAGGACCUCUCUGCCCUUCAGUAAAGUCAAGAAGAUCCAGGAUGUAUGCAAAGGAGCAAUGAACCUGCUUGGGUACCAACUAGUAGACUCCGAGGCGGAACAGAAAGACCUGUCUAAUGAUGUUGUGUUGCCAAGGCGACAGUAUCAUUUCAGUUGGUUACCGUUUAAGGAGAAGAAAUAAAAUAAAUAUAUAUUUUUUAAUUUAUUAAUUCAAACUCUGCAAACUGUAGAAAAUCUAAUGUGGUAGACGGAUAUUCAGGUUUAUUGCAGGAAAAAUAACAAUCGGCAAAUGACUGCUUUUACCAGCGGUAGCAGGAUCAAUCAACGUUAAUUUGAACAUUUGUAAUUAUAUUGUACAAAGUAGACAGAUGGUUAUAUUGUUUAUAUUAUGGGUUGUUGAAUGAAAACGAUGUCAAAGCAAAAUGACUGCUCUAUAAAAUA